GAAACGUGAUGAUGAAAUUAAUUCGAAUUUCACCAAAUGCUAUGGAGCUUUCCAAAAAUCCGAUUUCAUCAUGUCUUUCUUCGUUCUCCUCACCUCUAUUCUUAUCCUUCUUUUGUCUAUACCUCUCUUCUACCGUACAAAAUGGUGGAGGGAUGGGCUCGAGCAAGUGUGUUUCAGACGGAUUCCAAUCAAUGCGCUAUCAAUAUCAAGUCUCCCCUCGAACUUCUCCAUGCUAUUAACUCCAGUGCUCAGAAUAUCUCUUUCAAGACCUAUUUCCACAAUGUCAUUCUUCUUAAAUCAUUUGAAAUCACACACCCUAGUUACCUUACCCAUUCCUGAAAAGAAGUUUACGGGGAAAACAAUCAUUGUCACAGGGAGUAAUAGUGGAUUGGGACUAGAGGCCGCGAGGUGGUUUGUCCGUCUCGAUGCCCAAAAAGUCAUCCUUGCCGUCCGCUCCCUCUCAAAAGGUGAAGCUGCACGUCAAUCCAUCAUAAGCAGUACCUCCUGCUCUCCAGACACCCUCGAAGUAUGGAAUCUCGAUCUUUGCUCUCAAUCUUCUGUCAGAGAAUUCGCGCAUCGAGCAAAUGCGCUCCCGAGACUUGAUGUUUUGGUAUCGAAUGCUGGAAUCUAUGUUUUUGAUUUCGAAGUAGCAGAGGAAAAUGAAGAGACGAUUUGUGUAAAUGUAAUUAAUACGUUUUUGUUGGCUUUGCUUUUGUUGCCUAAACUGAGGGAAACUAGUAUAGAAUAUGAUACGAGGGGGGUAAUGACAUUCACGGGAAGUUUCGUGCAUCAUCUUACUACGUUCCCGGAACGGCGAGCCGGGAACGUAUUUGAAGAAUUGCGAGUGGAGGAAAGAGCAGAUAUGAAAGAUCGAUAUAAUGUGAGUAAACUCAUCUCUCUGCUAUUUUCCCGAGAACUCGCGUUUGCUCUUCGCGAAUCUGAGAGGCGCGGGAGGGAGGGACAUGUUGUUGCGAAUAUUGUUAAUCCCGGGUUGGUGGAUACGGAGAUUAUGAGACAUGCGACGGGAGCUACGAAACAUUUGGUGAGGGGAGCGAUGAAAUUGAUGGCGAGAAGUGUUGAGGAGGGGAGUAGGACUUUAGUGCAUGCUGCUGGAGGAGAGGAGGAAACGAAUGGAAUGUAUUUGGAUGAUUGUAAGAUUGGGAAAGUAUCACCAUGGACAACAUCACUCGAUGGGAUAGCAACCCAAAAAGACAUUUGGAUGGAAUUAUCGCAGGAAUUGGAGAAGGUAGAACCAGGUAUCAUGGGGAAUGUAUGAGAGAUUUAGAUCGAAAUUUAUACUGCCUUUUGUAAUCAAUUCCCAUGCCAUUGUGUUAAAAUUUUGGGCAUAAGUAACA